GUUCAGAUCACACAAAUGAGGUAUGAAUUCUAAAAUCAGAUGCAAAUCAUUGGCAUAAACUAACAUUAUGUCCAGGGGCAGUACAAAUGCAGUACAGGAGAAACAUCACAGAUAUGGCUCAUCUCAUUUCACUCAACUUGCUCUUUUCAGCGUGUUGCACAGGGGCAUAUGUUUUACACGUCUAUCGGUUUGUCAAUGAAAAUAAAACCUGGAUCGAAGCUCAGACCUACUGUAGAGAGAAAUACACCGAUCUGGCCACCAUUAACAACAUGACUGAGCUAAACAAGCUAAGUGACAUCCUGAAGGAUAAAACUGCCAAACAAGCUUGGAUUGGAAUACGGAGGAAAGACACCUGGAUAUGGCGGUGGUCACUGGCAAAUGAAGCCUUAUAUGGCAAUUACACCAAAUGGUCUGCGACUCAACCAGACAACUGGUUGGGAAUGGAGUUCUGUAUUCAAAUGUUUGGAGAUAAUGGCUUGUGGAAUGAUUGCUACUGUAACAGCUUAACGCCUUUUGUGUGUUAUGCAGAAAAGAACACAAGCACUAAUACAUACAUAUUUGUUAAUGUGGCAAUGACCUGGUAUGAUGCCCGGAUCUACUGCAGACAGAAAUACACCGACCUGGUCAGUGUGAGGAACCAAACUGAGUAUAUGGAGGUCUGGAAUGUUGCAAAGUCCUCUUAUUCUGUUUGGAUCGGUCUGUACAAUGACUCCUGGACCUGGUCAGAUCAGAGUAAAUCCUUAUUCACAUACUGGACCCAGAAUAAUGUCAGUGGAGAUUUUAACUGUGGUGUAGUGGUUGUGUCGAAGCCACACCAGUGGAAUACCGGCAACUGCACCGAAAAACUCCCAUUCAUUUGCCAUGAAAACACGCUGAUCCUGAUUAAUGAGAAUCUGAGCUGGUGGGAAGCUCUGAACUACUGCAGGAACAAUCAUCAUGACCUGGUCUCAGUUCGCAGUGAAGAGAUGCAGCUCUGGGUGAAGGACGUGGCUCAAAAAGCCUCCAGUGAACACGUGUGGCUCGGUCUGCAUCACGACUGUGCCCAGCGUAUCUGGUUCUGGGUUUACGGAUCGAUGAUCUGCUAUCAGAACUGGGCUCCGGGGUACGGGACCUGGAAUGAAGACUGCAGCCAGGAGAAGAGAAGUGGAGCAGUUCAGGCUGGAGGAACGCAGCAGUGGAUCGAUCUGCCUGAGAGCUACAAACUCAACUUCAUCUGCUCUUUGAAAGACGAUCUGUUUAAGUAAACAAAGACUGGACACAUGAAGACAAGUUGUGGUCCAUCAUCUGUAUCCAGCAUCAGCAGAUCUACAGCCGUCUCUCAUUUAUCAUUUUCAAUACAUGCUGUUCAUCCAGAUCAUUUCAUUAUUUGUUUAUUAUAAUAUUCAGUAAAUUCUAUAAAAUCAAUGCAACAUGAACUUGUAAUAUUUUUAAAGUUAUAAUUCUAUACUUUAUUUUUUCAUAAUCAAGGUUAGAGAAAAGAGUUUUAUGGGCAGUUAAGGGGACAUUUAUUUUCUUGAUUUUUGACACUUGUUGGGAAUGCAAUUAAUUUUCUUUCCUCGUGGACUAAUGGGUUUCUUCUUUAGAUGUUUCAGAAUCACAUGUUGGUGGAUAUUCUACCUGGAUUUUUUUUCACUUGAUUUUUAAUGUGUAACAGUGUAAACUGUAAUGACUGAAGACUGAAAGUUUGCAUCAAAAAAAAAUCGACUUGUACACAA